GUGACGCGGCAGGUCGGAUUCGAAAAGUGCUCCGUGUGUUUUUCGCGAUUUCGUCUCGCCGAAAGUGAGUUUCGCGCGCGAACUAUUGUCGGGAGUGCCGAGUGAUGUGUCACGCGUUUGUCGUUACGUCAAAUAUACGCGGGUCGACAUCGUAAAUAAAUCGGUUAUGAUUGAUGUUAGGGCGGUAUAUUCUGUGUACUUAUGGGCGAUUCGAAAUCGCAGUUAAAUUCGUAUCUCUUGUAUUUUCAUUCCGAAGAAAUGGAUUUCGCGCAUAAUUCGUCAUCGUCGCGAGUGAAAUAUAUAACACAGUGCAAAACGAGCAGCCUAGUAAAGUAUCUACAGCAAAAGUGCAUUAGUGUAUACAGCGAGCUUUAUUGUACGUGAUAUGUAUUCAAUUAGUGUGGACGAAUUAAUCGGAAUCGCUCUGCAUUUUGCUGAAAUCAUCACUUCGAAUUCGUUGAAAGUGUAAUAAGUGUUAUCGAUAGCCGAUGGCAACGUUAUUGGAUGCUGUGGGAUUCAUGAGACUACUUGCAUAUUCCUGGAAGAAAAUGUGGUGGAGGGGGAAGAUACUGCUGUUAGUAGCAAUUCCAAGAAUUGCCGGGCAUCGAUGCAGUGGCGUCGCGAACGGUGAGAAAACGGCCGGCGAGCAUGAAAGUGGAGGGCGGAGCGGCAACAACGACGACGACGACGACGACGGCGGUCCUCCACAAGGUCAAGGUUAAGGAAGAGACAAAGGAAUGCUGCGGCUACCAGCAAUCCUCGCCGUCGUCAACGGCCGUCGCGACGCCCACCGUCUCGGCCGCGACGGCGAUCACCACGACCGUCACCAACACCAACGGCAUCACUACCGCGAAUUCACCGUCGACGGUUACUACAGUCGUUACCGCCGCCAUCCCCGCCCCGCAAUCUUCCGGUAUUAUCUGUCAUCCGCCGACGACCGUCCCCAAUACCGUCGAUUCUUUUCCGGUCGACCUCGAUCUCAAGGCGAAGAAUAAGGCAUCCUCUGUUUCACGGGAGAAAUCCUCGCGGGAGGAAGUGGUUCAACCAGAGACGCACUCGCCCUCGUCUCAGCAACACCAAAGGCUCGGCCAGCAGAAACAAACAAACGGUUCUCGGUCGGAGUACAAAGGCGGUUGCUCUAGAUCUUCUGACAACGACAGCCCUUUGCCUUCGCAAUCAGUCAAGUCCGAGCUCGAGGAAGGGUCCGGUUCUGCCAAUGCUGGGCCCAGGACGGACGAUCAGAGCGAUGGCCCCGCGCUGGCGAACGGUACCGGCAGUGCUGCAUCCAGAUGCGUCAGCAGCAUCUUCGCCGGACACGGCAAGCUCAAGAGGCUGCUGGGCACUCUGGUACAAUUCGCCACCGAUAUCUCGACGGACACAGGCGACACGGUGCGUGCGCUGGUGCUCGCGCUUCUGAGCGGCAGCAUGACCGCCGAGGAGUUUCACUCGGCGUUGCAGGAGGCGACCAACUUCCCGCUCAGAAGUUUCGUCUUGCCGUACCUUAAGCACACUUUACCUUCUCUACAGAGGGAUCUGAGCAACGCGGCCCGAGCGAAUAACCAGAGCUGCGUGCAAUUCCUUCGAUCCAACGAGUCCGCCGUUUUGGAGACCGUGGGACUGGUCCCGUCCGGCGAGUCCGUCGAGGUGUUCGGCGAGCACGGGGGUGCGAACGGAAUCGGCGGCGGUAAUCAGUGCUCCGCUCAUUACGCCAUGCGCUCGAAUUCUAAUCCCGGCGUCGGUGCCAUUCAGCACGCGGUCGGCAGCAACGCCACGGGCGCGUUGCAUCAUUAUUCCGGCGCUCACACGACCAAGCGCCGCGCCUCCGACACCCCAUAUUAUGAGAACGGUGUUCUUUUGGACGACAUGCCAGUGUAUGGCAAGAGAUCUACCAACCCAUGGAGCCAUCAUCAUCAGCAACAGCAACAGCAGCAGCAGCCACCGACGGACCCAUCCUACUGCUGGUACCAUCCGUUGCACUCUGCGGGAGGAUCGAUUCAAGGUCACGCACACGGCCACGGUCCAAGCCCGGUACCGCCUAGCCUCGUGCAGAUUAAUCAGAUAAACGCGUUCUCCACGCCGCAUCAUCUGACCCAGCAGUCGCAGCAAUCAAUGGGCCAUGGUUUACAAACGCAGAACGGCGGUAGUCUUGAUGAUGAGUGGAAAAAUAUCCACGUGAUGCUCAACUGCAUCCUUGGCAUGGUUGAGAAAACGAAAAGAGCAUUGGCGAUCCUGCAGCGACGGGGAUGUUCCAGUCCAGCAGCCGCGGCGCCACCGCCAGGUGUGGUGGUCGCGGCACAGAACGGCACCAACGGCAAUAACGGCAAUGGCAACAAUCCCUCGUCGACCAACGGCGCGCAAGUUGAAUCGUCCACUGGUGAUCGGGAUGGCAAUUUAAAGCGAUUGUCCGGCGAGAUUGUCGCGCAGACAAUCAGAGCGACCGAAGACAGAGUGGCUGAGGUCAAACGAAGAGCCGAGGAAGCUGUAUUAGAAGUGAAAAGAGCUGCAGUGGCGGAAGUGCAGCGCGCCGUGGCAGUUGCAGUUGCGGAAUCAAGGGCAAACGAACGUUUGAGGGUUCAUCGGUUACUGGACCUUCCUCUAUCCCAAAGAAAUCACGGUAGUCUCCGUCAGGGUCCCUUUCUGAGAGUUCAUGGGAGCUCGAGUACGGUGGAGACUAGUGCCAGGAAUGUAACGACACCGACAACAACAACGAAUUCGGCACCAUCGACCACCGAAGAUGAAAAAGAUAUCCAUCUGACUAGCAUAAUGGGAUCCAGUUGUUGGAAUUGUGGUAGGCCUGCUCUGGAGACCUGCGGCGGUUGUGGAAUCGCUCGGUACUGCGGUUCGUUUUGCCAACAUCGCGAUUGGGAGGCCGGUCAUCACACGACUUGUAACAACUUGCCGCCGCGUGAGCCACGGAGAUCAGCUUCGCGCAGUCCACCGCGGGUCGUUGCCGCGAAUCUCUCCACGAGUGUCAACGAAGUCGACGCCACGCCAAUGGCGUCCGUCUCGAAGGGAAAGUGACGUCGCGGUACUAAAAACAACCGAUCGAUUAAAUCGAUCGACUUCGAGUCGCGUUAAUCGCAAAUCCCACGAGGAGUCUUCUGUAAAAAAUGGAUGAAUUGAAACGAAUGGGAAUUCAUCCUGAAAAUCUGAAUAUCUGAUUCGAAUCAAUCUGUUAGAUUUCGUUUUUCUUUUCAUUUCCUAAUUGAGAGAAUGAAGAUUAAGAGGAAAGAGGAUAAUAGAAAGAAAUGUAACAAUCCUAUAAAGACAAAUAUUAAUUUUUAGAAAUAUUAGGUAUUUCAAAAUGAAUUCCUUCCGCUUCAAUUCUCUUUAAUUCGUCCAUCUUCUGCAGAUCCUUCACCGAUCAUACAUCUUCUGCGUACUCUCAUCGUUGUCCUUUUCUUUCUACGAAACUGAGAUUUCUUUUGUAAUAUAUCUGAAAAUGUGGAUGAGUCUGAACAAGAAUCUAGUUCAUUAUAACUAUGAGCAAAUUGAUUAUUCGCUUGUGACAGAGAAAGAGAGCAUUGAAAAAGUGCUAAUUUGAUAUACGAUCAAUUAUCCUUUGGAUAGAUACUCUCUAGUCCCGGCGUUUCAAUAGGCGAUAAUGUAUGAUAGCAAAUGAUUAUUUAAUCGAUUAGAAAAAUACGAAUCUUCAUAUGUGAUCGAUCAGCUUUGAUAUCUCUUUUUGAAUUAUAAUAUAUAAUAACAUUACGAUGAUUCAAAAGAUAUUUAAAAGAUAUUAUUGAAGCACAUCUUCUGAAAAUUUCUGAAAAAUUCAUUUUUUCAGGUAAAAUACGAUUUUUGCACAUUUUGAGUGGAAUAUCAGUAUGAUAAAAAUAUUUGUUUUUAGAAUUUAUCAACUAAUCACGCAAAAUGAGCAACGAUGAUCAUAUCAAAUAAUGUAACUGAUUACAUAGAUAUUUGCAUUUUUUCGGAUAGAUAACGCCGACGAAAUAUGCAUUGUCAUAAAUGUACACAUUUAUCAGCAUCAUGUGCCAGCCGUUCCGCUUUUUAUCAUCUAUCGAAUCGUAAAUUUUCGCAAUCCAUUUAUUAUCUAGGAUUAAAGCAAACAAUAGAAAUAAUGUGUGUCUUAAAUGUUUUCUGCAAUUGAAAGAAUAAUAGAUAACAGAAUGAAUCUCUAUAUCUUCGAUCAAUGAAUCGCAGCAUUUCAUAUUGCUCCGAAUUGACAUUAGCAGUAAAUGUAGUAUUACGAAAAUAAUUCUUCCCGUUAGCGUAGACGUUUUCUUCGUUUCGCCAUUAGCAAUUUGAAUUCUUCAUAUAAAAGCAAAAUCCAAUUGGCAAACUUUGUUUGGAUGCAAUUUAGAAAAUGCUUUCUUUUGCUUACUUCUUUAUAAGAAUCUGACAAAGCACGAAAUGUUCUUCACCUUCAAUAUUGGAUUGAAUCUAUGAUGCAUGAAAUUAUGAUUGAAGAAUAGUUUCUAUUCUUGUAAAAUGAAUGACUGUUAUUUCACAUGUGAAUAUAUCUCAAUAUUACACAGCAGAAUAUUGUUAUGAAAAUAACAUAAAUGUAUUGUGCAAGAUAAAAUUGAUAUGUACGUAACACAUAAAGUUACACCACACAAAAAGUGAUUUGAUUUUAUUGCGUACCUACGCUGCUCUCGAUGUUUCAUACACGAAAAAAUGAAUCACAUCGACUUUCCUAGUCAAUUGAUAGAUUUAAUGAUUGUAACGAGAUUAAUGUAACUUAGACUCUCGAAUCUUUUACUUUACGCGCGCACACCUCAGGAUAUAAUUAUCAUCUAUAUUUAAGUCUAGUCACACACAAGAAAAUGAAGUGGAUUUAUCAUACGCAUUAGGAAACUUUGCUCAAAUCUAGAUUAUGAAUUAUUGUAAUUUUGCCUAGGCAUAUUGCGUUGCGGGGAUGUAUGAUAUGGAUAUUAUAAAAUGUAUUUGUAAACUAACGAAAUAUAUAAUGAUUAUUCUAUGUCAGAACGUAAACGAAAUAAUAUCACAGAUCUUUUCAUUGUACCUACGACUUAUUUAGCUAAAAAUGGGAUAAAUUUAAUUCUAUAAGUCUGAUUUUUUUCAAUUAAACAUUUUGCGCUC